UAAUUGAGUGGGAUAAAGUUAGAACAUUCAAGUUCAUUUGGUAAAUUUGUUUUUAGGUCCAUAAGUCAUGUAGUACCAGACUUAUUGGCUAGCCAAAUAUUAAACAUUGAGGAUACUUUAGUUUCUACGUUGACAGCAGAAGUAGAGAAUGUGGCUGCAGAUCCAGAUGAUGAACUUUCAGCAAGUUCUAAAUCUACAAUAUCGGCUCCUGAGUUGCAGAACAUGGCUAAGAGAAUUGAUAUUCUAGAAAAUGCAAUGUCUACGCAUCGUGUCUCACAGUCUUCCACUACAUUAUCUGCUACAAAUAAUCAAGAACACUCGUUUAAGGGAAAAGAUCAAUGCUCAAGUUCCAGUUCCACUAUUUCAGCACCAGAGCUUGAAAAUUUGCCAAAAAGUAUUCAUGUAAAAAGAAACAAGUUGUAAGUAACUUCAAAAAAUUGGUGUAGCAGUCAAUGUCACAUUAUCAAACUCAGUAUUAUAUAAAUCAGU